UAAUAUGACGAUUGUCAAAAAUGACGUAAAGUUAGUGCAACAAAAUAAACUUGAGGAUCUUUGUAUUGAUUUAUCAAAAGAAUUGCAUUAAAUAUAAAAAUGUUUUGCUGUUUGAAAGGUUGUCUUAAUGGUUUCACUCUGACCCCGAGUGUACCGAUCAGAAUCAAAGAAAAUCCGGUGCAGUUGGAUACUUUGCACAUGGGACAUGAGAUGGUCAUCAUAAAAGGUGGUCAGAGAGUGUGUGGUUCGGGCUGUGCGCUAGGUAACACACCAUUGUUACAGAACAAGGCAUACUUUGAGGUGAAGUUGCAACAGGGUGGAGUCUGGGCUGUAGGCCUUGCUACCAGGGAGACAGAUCUGAACAGAGUACAUGGUGGUAUGGACAAAGAAUCAUGGUGUUUGAACAGUGAUGGUACAGUCAGAAACGAUAAUGUUGAGUUGUAUCAUCUAGCACCAGCACCUAGGGAGUCACCGACAGCAGAUUUGCUUGUGUCCACUGAAUCACCGAGCCACAUAGAACAUGAUAAGCCGGAGAGUGAGAAAAUAGAUGCUAGUCCAGCAGCAGUGAUGCCGCUAGAGGGCGACACUAUCGGCGUAGCGUACGACCAUGUAGAAUUAAACUUCUUCUUAAAUGGCAAGAAUAUGGAGAUCCCUGUGAGAAAUAUUAAGGGAACGGUAUACCCCGCUUUAUAUGUGGACGACGGAGCUAUAUUAGACAUAAUCCUGGAUAAUUUUCUGUAUCCGCCACCGUCGGGUUAUGAGAAAAUCAUGGUGGAACAAUCACUCCUCUAACAGAUGACUGACAAACAAAAUGUUUAACAUGAUGGACACUGAGUGUAUGCGAGAAUAUUUAAGAUAUGUGAAUAAGGUAGAUUUGAGAUUGUCUAAUGAAUGUGAUUCGACCAUUGGAAAUGGCCGCAUUUUGUGUAACGUCAUAGAACAUUUUUUUAUUAGUAAACAUUAAUAAGGGCUUGAAUUGAAUUCUAUAUUCGGUUCGUUUCUUUCGGUCAUUACUAGCCUCUGGUCUGGGAAUUUUAAAUGAUCUCGUCGCGAUUCCUGAGAAGUCAAAAACUAUUUAGAGAAUGAAUGCAGCAGAUUUUGUUUAUAAUAAAUAAACAUAAUUUGAGCUAUUUGUGCUAACAUCUGGAUGCUAUCGAUUUUUAUUCGACGCACUGUUUACGUGUGUGUGUACUGUGCACGUUACGUUUCUUGUCACAGUGUUAUCUUACUACUUCUUUAUAUACAUUACUUUUGUACGUAUAAAAGUUAUUUCGUAAAGCAACUUUCGUAGAUGCAUUUUCGCCUCGAACGUCGACCACGGUACUGGCAGCAUCAAAAUUAAAAUGAUUUUAGCAUUUAACUAGUCCGUUUUUAUGUUUUUUUUUGUAAAUUACUAAUAACGAUUUAUAAGGUCAUGUUACUGUGUACAGUUUGUGACGUUUUUGCAGCCAUUAUACUAUUCACUUAUAAUCCAUUUUAAGGUUUUAUCUGAGCGUAUGUGUUCCUUAAUGAUCUAGGUAAGGCCUAAAGUGAUUAAAUAUGUAAGUAAUAUUCUGUGCUAAAACUAUAUUCUAUUAAAUAUGUACUGUUUUCUCAUUUACCUUAUACUGAUAUAAACUCUUAUUGUAAUAUAGGUACAAAAUAUGUAGGUUAUUAUGUGUCGCCAGUAUUAAAUUGUCUUUUUAUGUUCUGAAAUUAUAAUAAACUAAUUAACUGGUGUAAUAUAUUAUCUGUAAAAUAAUAAAAUAAGAUAAUCUAGAAUGGGAUUGUAUCCACGAAGGUGGCAGUAAAAAUGAGUUUGCUUCCAAAAUUACUUUAAUAAAAUAUCAUGUGAUUUUUUUCUGCUGACCGUAGUAUCGUUUCUUCAUUAAAUAUGCGUUUAAAGUGCGCGGAUUUUUUGUGUUUUUCUUAAUAUUUAGUUAAAUGUGUGUAAAGUGAUGAAUUACAUUGACUAGCGGUUAAUUAUACAUUUAAUGCUGAUGAUAAUUGAUAAUAUUACAGUGGAUAUGAUUGCAAUUCAUUAAUUAUAUUUAUGGUACAAUUUGCGUGUAUGUCUUUUCCGUUUGUCUAUUAUUGUGGUAUUCAAGCUGGUUAUCUUCGCUGUUGUAAUAUUUAUGCGUUAGUGCGUUUGUAGACCAUACUACUUGGCAUAAUAAAUGUCAGUUUCCUUGGAAUUUUAUAAUGGAAUUAUUAAUAUUAGCAGACGCCUGUUAUAUUUCUGAUUUACAAUAAAAUUCACUCAAGGCGUAAGUUAGUGUGUGAUUUGAUGUUUAUGUACUGUAUUAAGUUUUAUCAGUUUGUUUUUGAACUAAAGUCAUGUUUUUUGUGUGGACCUACUGCUGAUAGCCUGACGAGAGUCGGUGUUUUAAGCUACAGCAGGCUUGGGUGAACGCUUUAGGCGUUCUAACCUUUACAAUGUGGCAACUAUACUAAGGGCAACCUCCUAAUCUACCGUCCGCUAAAAAAAAUGCCGUAUCACAAAAAAAAUGAAAUUGGAUACAAACAAAAAAACUGUGUUAAAAUUUUAAAUUAUUAUUUUUGAUAGUUAUAUCGGCAAUAUUCUGAUAUCGUUAAUUAAAUUACGCAGCUAUUUUUUGACUGUAUCCUAAAAUUUGGUUUUUGUAGAUAACAGCAUUAUAGUUUGCGACGGCCGGUAAUGGGUUUCGGGCCUCGGUUUUGGUCGGACGCUGGGAGACAACAAAGAUUCAUCGAUUAAGGUAUUGGCUGUAUUUGUUUUUAUACAUCGUCGCUAAAAUUAUAAACAGCGUCAAACCGAAUUAUUAGUUAUGUUUUCUAUCCAAACAGUGUAUUGAACUAAAGUAACCGCAUAUUGUUUUAGUCAGUGAUUAUUCAUAGAACAAAAUAGAAUUAUCUCUCAAGCUCGCUAGUAGUUCACGGUUAAGUACAGUCACCCAUAUAAGUCGCUGAAAAAAUCAAAACUUCAAAUUGCCUGUAUACUUUUGUGUUCUUACCUCUAAAAAAGAUUCUAUAAGAAAAUGUAAUAAGAACGAUUUACUUCUUUGCACAUGAAGAAAAAAAGUUUUAAGACUGAACGUGUAUAGGUGAUUUGUAGUAUCGAAUUAGUUCAGCUGUAGCUGCAAAGUAUUUGUGGCUGACUAUAUAUCGGAUAUGCGGUUGUGAGAAUGAAUUUUAAUUAUAUAUCAGUCUCAUAACACUACGUAGUUUAUAUCGACGGGUGCAAAGUGAAAAAAGUUAGCUACAAUUUUGAGAUUUUUUUAUUAUUGCAGUAACUAACUAAAAAAUAAAUAUACAUGUAGAUGCCAUAUGAAAUAAUGAAGCGGUAAUGAAAAUUUCAACAAAUUUAGUUUAAAAUAAGCAAAAUGAGAGCAUUUUUUCUUAUUACACGCUCUCCUGAAAACUAGCUGUUCUGUAUAUAACUCUUUUUACUUUGCAGCCGUCGAUAUUUCGUUAAUAUUAUGAUUGACGUAGCUCUGUAAAAACGAAAUUCCAGUUUCGCCUAUCUUCCAUAGUCUUAAGUAGUCCCUAACGAAGAUACAUGCGAGGCAUCACCAAAAUAUGCUAACAUUGUGUUGGUCGCUAGAAGUUCUCUUGGACAGUUGCUGUAGACAUACAUGUUGCUGUAAAUUAUAAUUAAAAUUUGACCAAAUUAACGGAUUAAAAUACCUACUAAGUUCACAGAGCCCAUAUGCGUUUGGAGUUUAAUAAAUUUAAUUUGUGUAAUGUAUUAUUCAUCUAUAAUUAAGGUCAUUUUCGGUUCCGUCCGAAUAUUGCUCCACAUGAUAUAUAGGGCUUAAUAUAUUUCGCUUUUUUAGUUUUUAGAUUUAUGAUUCAAAAUUACAGAGGGACCAUUGAGGCAUCGCAAUAUCAUUGUAGCCGGUGUAACUACUGAACAUAAUAAGACUUAACAUCUCAUGUCUCAGUAUGGAGAGUGCAGUGGAAUACCAAACAGUACUUUGUAAUUUAAAGUGUUGGAUGGUGUUUCUACUGUUUAUGGGCGGUCGUAUCGCUUACCAUCAGGCGAACGGAAAGCUCGUCUCGUCAUUCAAAGCAAUAAAAAAAAAACAUUCCAAAAAGUUAUUGUAUUUGCUGUAAAUCCACAAAAGACAUGAGGUAUUAUUGUCUGACUUCGUUUAUGUUUUGCACUUGUAAAUGGAAACUCGGAAACUGAAUCUGCCUUUCUUUGGUGUUUAUGACCAGCCGGUUAAAACCAUUUCGAUAAAUUUAUUAUGGGAAUACCUCGAACACUGAAGACCGAAGAAGUUUCUAGGCCAUUAUUUAAUUCGAAAAAGACUUGCGUGGAACCGCGAGCAAUAAAAAGCUUGUAAUAUAAUGUUUCUUGAGAUGAGUAUUUUUUCCAAUGGACACCCAUUUGUGUAUAAGGAAAACGACGUCUGGAAGUGACAUAGUUACAUUCAGUAGAAAUAUCUACACGUUUUUUGAGUUUUGUAAAUUUUGUGACCUUCGAGUUAAUAUUAUUUAUGUUUUUUGACUCACUACAAUUUUCUAAAAUUAAAUAGGAUAAUUCUUAUUGCGAACUGUGCCUAAAUAACUCUGUGUUCAUUUAUUUAUUCAUGACAUCACAAAAAAUAAUUCUGGAAAAUUAUUGCACAUGCUUCGGAUAUCUAUAUUAUGUAGUUUUUCUCGCCAUACCUAAGGCCUAUCUGAAUUAAACUGUAUAUGUAUAAAGUGUGUAUAAGAUAUCAAGGGAAUGAAAAAAAUACAAUUCAAAUACCUUUUUUUCAAUUACUCACAUAUCUAUUGUAUUCGGCGUCAUUGUCAGGUUCAACAAUAUUGUCGCCAUACUAAAACUACAUAAAAUUUAAAAUAAACUACAUAAAAUUUCAUAGGAAAAUGUUCAAAGAACCGGUCUUUUUUACCGACCGAAUAACGAUAUGUACUUAUUUCAUAAAAUUUUGAAAAAAAAAAACGUAUAUUUUCGUCAUGACGUCAAAUAGUUAUAGUUGUAUGCAUUUUUUCUUUUACAUACAUUUUUUUCUUCUCUGAACACUGUAAUUUGUACAGUAUUUUACUCAAUGUAAAACACGUAAGCUAUGUAAACCCUCAAACAUUUCCAUAGCGACAACACACAAACAUUUGCCGACUGCAGUUUUACAAUGCGUGGUGCAAUGGUUUUAACCAAAUAAUUUCGCUUGUGAAGUGAAACUUUACGAGCGCUAAUUAACAAGUUAAAUGUGGCAGUGCUGCGGGAAGCCGUUUUACCAACGUAGAUCUAAUUAUGUAUACCUUAAACGUGUUUUUAUAGCGUGAAGACUGCUUUAAAAAUGUUUAUCGUUUUAAAUGAGGUUUGUAUUUUUUUUGUGUAUGCCUUGGAUGUUUGUCAAAAUUCAGAUUUUAAAACCAUAAUUAUUAGAAAUUGUCAGUAUUUUGUGUGCGAUUAUAUAAUUUUGAUUGUAUGUAAUUUAUUGAUUUUAUGAAUAAGUAAACAUAGUAAUUGAUAUAAUUUCGCGUCAAUCAUUAUUGAUUGUUAUAGGGAUAUAUAAAGGAGAAAUUUAAUUGUUUGGACUUUGAUGCCUUUUAAUAAACUUUGGUAAACAAAUAUCUGAAGUUAAGUGUCUACACAUAAUAUAAUACUUAAUUAGGCUGUGUGUUUUUUUUCUUGUUGUCUUUCUAGAAAAUCAAGAAAUAGUCUUUCUAGAAAGAAGAGAAUAUACAACAGUUUCUUUUUACGAAUUCUUGGUCCAUAUAAAGAAUUCACAGUUAUAGUUUAUAAUAAUAUUUAUUGCGAUUGAAUGUAUUUUUAUGUAUAAUUAUGGAAGAAACAAGAAAUGUAUAACUUUGUUCUUUAUUCCAGAAUAUGUGGUAAUUGAAAUUCUUCUAUUGCAGUGCUUCGAAUGUAUUCUAUCAAGUCUAUAAUAAUAACUAGUGACCGGAUUAUAUGCAAUAAUAAGACCCCGAAAUAUGCAUGAAAAACGUCAAAAUAUGCAACAUCAAUUAGUGAAAAUAAACUAAUAAAGUAUUAGGUUUUUUUACUAAAAUUCAGCAUAGAAAUUGCAGGAGGAAAGUAAAAACAUAAUAGAACCCAAUCGCAACCAAUUCGUGCGUGACAUGUUUUUUGUUUAACAUGGUGGUGACCCCAAAAAGCUCCUCAGGCAGAGUACGUAAAAUGGCCCGCAUUUAAUAUCAUUAUUUUGGUCUUAUUUGUAUUUCACUUAUUGUUAGUUAUCCUAAUGAAAAGUACUAAAAUAAUAUACCAUCACAUGUUAUUACGUAUUAUAUGCAAAAAAGCGGAGAAAUGGCCAAAAUAUGCAAAUACAUAUAAUCCGGUUUCUAAUAAUAUCUUAAGAAUGUUUGAGUGUAUAAUAAUAUUAUAUUAUGAUGUAUUAUUUAUUUUUUGAUAAUUAACCAAUAAAUAUUAAUAUCAAAAUA